CCGUAUAUAAGCCCAAGUUCAAGGAUUCGAGAAACCACUCUACGUAGUGCCUCAAGAGAAGAAGUAUAUCUUUGUGCUUUAUUACCUGUUAGAUUGUAGGUUCCGUUAUAGUGUUGAAAAUACUUUGCAAGAUGUACCAACAAACGAGAGGAUGGUUACUAUUCACCCUAAUAAUUUCGAGUACCACAAUAGAUAUAUUCUGCUAUCAUGUUUCUUCCGAACAUGAUAUCCACAGCAAUCUCCUUCCUUCGAAUAUACCAUCAGGUAUUCCGCAACUACCAUCACAGAGACAAGAGAGAAAAUUCUCAGAGAAGCCGAACGCAAUCAAGAAAGUAGCCUUAGAUGACCUUAGCAACGAUUUAGAAACGAACCAGAUCUCUGAUGGUACAGGAGAAGGAUUCUCCUGGUCUAGUUUGUUGAGUCUUAUCAACAGUUCCCCUCUUACAGGCAUGGUAAUGCAGAUGAUUUUCAAUCCUGGUACAGCGACUGGUCCGAAUAAAUCCGAUGGUUUGGAUGAUAACAGCAUUGCACCCUCCCCUUGGGCAAACCUCUUGGCUGCUGGUCUCAAAAUUCUAACUGCUAUUUUGGGUGGAGGUGCUACCUCCGAGGGCAUUGAUAAAGUAGAUAAUGGUGGAUCACCAAUGCAGGGUAUUCUGGCUGGAGUGCUAACCGCAGUUUUGGGAGGCAGGGACCCACAACAGGUCAACAAUAUCGCUAAACAAGCUGGUGAGUUCGUUAACAUUCUGAUGACCCUACUCAAUGCGCUGAAAACCUCAUUCUCACAUAGAUCCAUAAUGGCUAGGAACAUCGGUAGAAGAGAUUCUAUGAGUGAAGCAGCAGUAGCCGGUAUAACCAUGAUGAAAGGAUACGUUAAAUCUGUGAACUCUUUGAGUAUCCCGUGUCAACAAAAGACCAUCUGCGAGGCUAACAGAGAAUGUGCUAUGGAUAUAGGACGAUCCUCACUCUUCUGUCAUUUAGGAAACUAUGCUGCCAGCUACAUGAUCGAUAGAACAAGUGCAUCAGGUUUCAGUGUGUUAUAUGAAGCCGGUAGAAGAGGGAGAGCAGGAGACAACUGCCACAAAACCUAUCUAGAAUGCCUCGAACCCUAAAGAGUUGAGAAAACCCGAAAAUUUUAAUUUAUUUGUAUUAUAAUACCUCUAUUUAUUGAAAGACAGCAAUUCCAAUACCACACAUUUGGUUGGCGAUAAAAUGAAUGCCUUCCUUCUGAAAUCGUUUUUAUCAAAACAUUUUUUUGGUGUAAUUGUACCAUCACGAAUAUCUAGCUAGUCAAUGAAAUUAAAAUAAGAGUUAUGUACUGAACGAGAUAUGCUUUGGUUUAUAUUUGAUUCUGUUAUAUUGGUUUUUGGAUUUUUAAAUGCAUUUUUGCACGAUCCAGCCUUCUGGAUCACUCAUCCAUCAAUUGAUUUCAAGCCAAAAUUGUCACUAAGUAAAUAGCCCGAUGGUUUUAUUACUUACCGACAUCCCAUAAUAAUUUAUAUGGUUCCACAAAAGUGGAAGAUAAGGAAUUUUUGAUAUAAGGAUUCAUUAACACAAUUAUGUAAUUUAGAUAUAUCGACUAUAAACGUUAAUUGUACAAUCCUAUAGGGUUAUGUCUCGUGAACAUAUUAGUAGAAUUGGUACUACAAUUAUUGUAGCAGAAAUUGAUAUCACUUCUAUAUAAAUAUAAAUGUAACAUUUGACUUCGCAGUAAUCAGAUGGACAUUAUUAUAUUUAAUUCGAGAAAAAAUAAUGGGAUCGUGCAAAAAACACAAGAAGCAUUACAAACGUUAAGAAUUACCGACCUCAGAUAAUAAUGAUAAGUUGUUUAAAAAAUUUUCUUCGAUCGGUGACACAUGCUUACCCUUCUUGUUAAUAAAAUAUACUAUUGUAUUCAUUCAUUAGGAUAUGACAUGUUUUUUAUUUUUGAUAAUUGGACAAAUGUCAAUGGAGUAAAAAAGAAAUUUAUAUUUUUUAUGAGUGUUUAAAAAUAUAAACCAAAAAUUUUGAAAUGCGAAGAAAGAAAGAAAAAAUGUUGCUUGUUGUAUUCCUACCGUUUGGUAAUGUCAUGGAGAAUGGGACGAUUUUUUUUUUUUUUUUGAAAAUGAGUAUAUGUAAUACAUUUUUAUAUACUGAAUAUGAAUAAAAUAAUUUUUGUCGUUCUGUGAUGAAUUUGAACCUACACAAUACUGUAUAAUAUUAACAGCUAAACUAUAGUAGAAAGUAAGAAAUUUUAUUUGGAAAAAAUGAAAAAUGACGAGUGUA